ACAUUGAAUACCCACUGCAGAAAUGGCGAGAACCAAGCAAACAGCACGUAAGUCUACCGGUGGGAAAGCACCAAGGAAGCAGCUCGCAACCAAGGCUGCACGUAAGAGUGCCCCGGCCACCGGUGGCGUGAAGAAGCCCCAUCGUUACAGGCCCGGUACAGUAGCGCUGAGAGAGAUCCGUCGUUAUCAGAAAUCCACCGAGCUGCUGAUCCGCAAGCUGCCCUUCCAGCGCCUGGUGAGGGAGAUCGCCCAGGACUUCAAGACCGACCUCCGCUUCCAGAGCUCCGCUGUUAUGGCUCUUCAGGAGGCAAGUGAGGCUUAUUUGGUUGGUCUUUUCGAGGAUACCAACUUGUGCGCCAUCCACGCAAAGAGGGUGACCAUCAUGCCCAAAGACAUCCAGCUAGCCCGCCGUAUCCGUGGUGAACGCGCUUAAAUCGCACUGCUGUGCCUACACCCCAAACGGCUCUUUUAAGAGCCACC